AUGUAUAGAAGUAGACGUAGAAAUAGAACGAGUGGAAUUAAAGGACCAAAUUCUGCACUAACUCAAUUCUUACAAGAAGAAGGUAUUAGUGCAGAGGCUAUUAAACAAAGAUGGAAGGAUAGAUUUCAUAGAAAGGAGAGCCAGGAACCGCAAUUAGACAAUUCGGUAGAUGAUGAAACACUUAUUAAAAGAACGAAGUCUGAUGAUGAGAUCGAAGAUUCAAGUGAUGGUCAUAGUGCUAGUAGCAGUGAUGAAGAAGAAACAGAAACUGAUAAGGACUUAGUAAACCAAACAAAAAUAAAUAAGUUUAAUGAAGAUAGUGAUGAAGAGGAAUACGAUGAAGAGAGUUCUAAGAUACAGGUGUUAUCUAAGAGUGCAGACAAUUUACAAGAUAGGGAUUUGAAAAAAAUCAAAAAUAGACAAAUCUUAGAGAACAGACGUAAGAGAAAAAAGAGAGCAGAGGUUCUAUUGGAUAGAAAAGCAGAGACAUUGCCAAGUUUGCAGGAAUUAUGUGUAAAUAAAAUCACUGAAAAUAUUGUCACCUGGGAGAAGAAUUCUUCAGAGACAAGCAAUAAUCCACUAUUCACUCAAUUAAGAGAAAAUCUUGGUGGUAUUUCCAAUGAGAAUCUGGAUUCCUUAGCCAAGGCAUUGUCCAAGAAUAGAGCCCUUGAUGAUACUACACUACAACUAUUUUUGAAGACCGAUUUGAAAUCGUUAACAUUCCAUGAUUGUUCUAAGAUAUCGUAUGAAGGUUAUAAGAUACUUGCCAUCUUUUCACCACAUUUAGAAUAUUUGACUUUGAAUAUGUGUGGACAAUUAAAUAAUGAAGCACUAAUCUAUCUGGCAGAGAAAUUGACAAAAUUAAAAUCAUUGAAAUUAGAUGGACCAUUUUUAAUCAAUGAAAAAACAUGGGAUAAAUUUUUUGAAAUAAUGGCUAGCAGGUUAAAGGAGUUUCACAUAUCAAAUACACACCGAAUUACCGAUAAAAAUUUGAUUACUUUAUUGACUACAUCACAGACUGUUUUAGAAUCUCUUGGAUUAUCCAGGUUAGAUUCAAUAUCAAAUUAUGCAAUAAUACCUCAAUAUUUACAAUGCUCAUCGUUCCAUACAUUACAGAUUCAGUAUCCAUACAAUGAAGAGGAUGUAAGUGAUGAAGUUAUAAUUAAUAUUUUGGGUCAGGUGGGGUCUAGUUUAAAACACUUAUCAUUAGAUGGUUGCUUGGAAUUGACAGAUUCCUUUGUCAUUAACGGGAUGGGUGCAUUUCUUUCUGGAAAUAAUAAUGUAAACACUUUGUUGGAAACUUUGAGCCUUGCAGAACUAGAUCAACUAUCUACAGACUCACUAGUAUAUUUCUUGAGUCAAAUCUCGCUGCCUUCAUUAAAAUCUUUUAGCAUUAGACGUUGUAUUCAAUUACAAGACCCUGUAAUACAGGAAUUGUUAUUAAAUUCUGCCAAGAAUUCACUAAUUACAUUAGAUCUUAAUAGUGUGAAAUUGUUGACAGAUCAGGCUUUUGCUUUGAUGGAAUGUCCUAAAUUACAAUAUAUUGAUUUGGGGUUUGUUCGUUGUGUUUCUGAUCAAGUCAUUGAACUAUUAGGUAAACAGAAUCCACAAUUGAAGUUACUUGAAGUAUUUGGUGAUAAUAAAAUUACAAAUAGAGUCAGAGUACGUCAAGGUCUGACAUUAAUUGGCUUGCAAGGUGAUGCCAUCUAA